GAGUCGGCCCAUAACACGGACCGAUGGUGCACCCAAUGGAUCAUUUAGGACUUUUGGUCUCUACUGGUGCUACCAUUGUAAUCGUAUGGUCAGAAUUGCAUCCUCUAACCCAUCAGAGAUCGCGUGCCCUCGAUGCUUGAGACAAUUUGUCGUCGAGAUUGAAACAAGACGGCCUCCGUUUACUCUCAAUCAUGCUGCUCCGCCUUUUGAUGCUUCUCCUGAGGCUCGUCUUCUCGAAGCUCUAUCGCUCAUGUUUGAGCCUGCAAUCAUAGGUGGAUUUGGUGCAGACCCAUUUCUUAGGGCAAGAUCCAGAAACAUCUUUGAACCUGAAUCAAGACCCCGACCACAACAUCGACGACGCCACAGCCUUGACAAUGUUAACAAUGGUGGUUUGCCUCUACCAAGAAGAACAUAUGUAAUUUUCCGACCCAAUAAUCGGACUAGAGAACUCGGAAACGUAAUUCCGCCACCAAAUCAAGCACCACCCUGGCAUGUGAACUCAAACGAUUUCUUUACCGGAGCAUCAGGCUUAGAGCAGCUGAUUGAACAACUAACACAAGACGAUAGGCCUGGACCACUGCCUGCAUCAGAACCCACCAUUGAAGCGCUACCAUCUGUGAAGAUAACACCACAACAUCUAACCAACGACAUGACCCAAUGCAUAGUGUGCAUGGAAGAAUUCAUUGUUGGUGGAGAUGCAAUGGAACUACCAUGUAAACAUAUUUACCAUAAAGAUUGUAUAAUCCCGUGGCUCAGGCUUCACAAUUCUUGCCCUAUCUGUCGCAGUGACCUGCCACCUGUCAACACCGUUGCUGAUUCUCGAGAAAGGAGAAAUCCUACUAGACAAGACAUACCUGAAAGAAGGCGCCCAAGGUGGAUACAGCUUUGGAACAUUUGGCCCUUUAGAGCACGAUACCAAAGAGUUAGUCCAGAAGAAACAACAAACCAGAAUCCUCGAGUUCAGUCUCAGUGGCCUCACUAUAACAUCCUUUAGCUUCUUGAACCCAUCCAUUACAAGAGGGAAAUAUGUGCAUCUGGUUUUGAACUAUUCUGGACUUGUAUGUCCUCGUAUAAUAUGUACCUAUAUGCGCUGUAAAUGAAAAGGAAACCAUUUAAAAUCAAUAGAUUCAAAAUUU